CUAUAUGCCACCAAAAUCUUCACUACUUAGCUACGGAUUUCGAGAGUGAAUGUUGUGUUUGUUUCUUUUUUUAUUUCAUCGUGUGUAUUACGUUGUUUACUACAGGACUAUAGGUAACGAAAAUAAUAUUUAAAAAUAAAAUAAUAUUCCAUUCGGUCAUCCGCUCAAGAGCAAAAGUAUGUAAUUUAGGUAUUUUACCUAUUUAACUAAAAUAUCUAGCCACGUGCGAACACCUAUGCUAAUAUUUAGAACAUACGGACCUUAUAUAUAGUAAACAAAUUUGGAGUAAGUUUAAUUUGUUUUUGUUUUUAAUAAACUAUAAUAAACUCGUGGUUUAUUAUUACAAACUAAAAACAUAUUUUUCUUUUUUGAAAGAAAUUCGAAAAAAGACACAGCGUUGUAUUAUAAAAUAUUAUUAUUUUUAUUUAUAAAAUCUGUCUGCUUAUUUAAGAGCACACAUCAGUGUCACACAUCGUUUUUAAACCUGAAAACCGUGUCCUAAUAUGUCCUAAUCCUAUUUAUCUCGAACUAAGUAUGAUUUAGCACCGGAUAAAAAAACUUUAUGAUGAAAAUUAAAGAACACAAAUAUAACUAGGAAAACGCAUAUUCAUUUUAUAGUUAAAUAUUAAUUUACAAAAGAAUUAUUGCUUCUAAUUUCUAUAGUGAAGGUUUUAUUAUUAUGCGUUUAAAAAAAAAAAAAAGUCUGUUUCUAUAAAUAACUUAUGUACCAGAAAUCUUACUCCAAUCAUUAAAUGUAACAUUUUUUUAAAAAACAUUUUUUAUUAGUUAGUUUAACAAGAUCAUUUUAGAUUUUGAGUGAAGUGAAGAAAGCUUAUGGUUUUACAAAUAUAUUUUUUUUUUUAUUUGUGGACAACUUUUCUACCAGAAAUUUUGCUCUGAAUUUUAAGUGUAGCACCUUUUCUGAAAGGAAUGGUUUACGAAAUGUAUUUUAUUCAAAAAAGUUUUUUUGUUGUGAUUCAGUUAAAAAUAUUCGUAAAUAUUUGAAAUUUGAACACAAAACAUAUAUUUGCCUUUUUUAGACGUGGUAAAAAUUGUAUAAAACAUUUUAGCCAUUUUGGGCUAUUUAUUGAAAUUUUGAUUUUGCUAGUUUUUAUGUAAUUUUUUUUCACUAGGGUCAAGGGGAGGCGACAGCGCUCCCUGGAAUUUUGUUUGCUCUUCUUGUUAAAUAUAGGUAAAUUAAAAAUGUAUUAAAUAAUCAAAUAAAUUUGACUAGUCUUAGUAAAAGGGUAGAUAAGCAAAAAAAAAAAAAAUCCAUAACUAUAAUUUUAGUAACGCCUCCUUCUUCCCUAGACAAAUUGUCUAGAUUUAACACUGUCUGUGAAUAAAAUUGUUAGACUAAACAGAAAUGAGUGAAAAUUUAAUAGGAAGUUUAUUAUAAUUUAUAAGUUUUAUUUUGUGUUAAAAAAAAAUUGAUUUAAUGUCGAAUUUUUUUAAGAAUUUGAAUAUUGAAUUUUGACGAAAAUCGUAAAUACCAUAUCCAAAACACGUACAACUGAACUUCGCUGAGAAUUGUUUUUCGUUAGCAAUGAUUAAUCGCUGUGUACAGAUAUACAAUAUAUUUUCCUCUAUAUCCUACCUUCCCAACAUCUCUUCUACAACAGAGACCUACUCUUUGUGCAAAGUUUAUCCGUAUUUUUUUUAAAUUGUAAAUAAAAAAAUCUUUAAAAAAAAUUACUUCAUAACUGAGGAGUAUAAAACAAUACUUUUAUGACUUUCUCUAAAAUCCCUAGAAAUUAGCAGCAAAUAAUAUUGAUCGGUGACUUAUCUCACAAAUUGUGUUUGCAAAAUGUGUACAUUUUAUUAAAUAAAUAGAUACAUAGAUAAUAAUUAAUAACAUAUUAUUUAUAAAUACCUAACUAAAAUAAUAAUUAUAAUAAUAGUAUUUAUAUUAAUUAUAUUAUAAUAUUACUGUAAAUAUUAUAUUUUAACAUUAUGCAUUUUCAGAACAACAUGAUGUCUCAACAUAAUCACUCAGAUUAUACAAUUUGUUGGUUUCGUUUGACUGGAACAGAGUUGAUUGUUUAUACAGUUAUUUCUUUCCUGGCGGUAUUAAUAAGCUAUGACAGAUGGAAACGCAGGCGCUUUGUAUUAUUGGCUGACAAACUAAACGGUCCAAAGGAUUAUCCCAUUAUAGGUUCAGCGUUGGAUUUUAUUGGAACGCCCAAACGUAAGAGAACUAAUGAUACACCUACCGUUGAAAAUACUUAAUAGUACUUAAUAAUAGCACUGGUUUUUGUCCUGUUUGCUUAAUACUCACAUAAGUGCGGUCAACUAUAUUCUUAUUUUUGGUCCUGCAUAAUAUUCCCUUAUUUAUUAGUUUGUCACUUGUUCCCCAUAUCUACUCCAUUUGUCCAUCACUUCCCUAAUUAUUUCUCACCACCCUUUAUUUUGCCUACCUUUAUUCCGGCUUCCACAUAAACAGCCGCCGAAAUUUACCCCACGCAUUUUUAGUUAACGACCCCCUCCUCAUUCCCUCAUUGAAAUUAUUUUCCGUUCAUGGCUUUAACCAUCUCAUUUUUCCUUUUAUACCCGCUAUUCUUUGACUAUCUAUCUCUUGUUUAUACUAUAUUCCUAAUCCUACACAACCUAGUCGACCCACUGGCCACCCUUUUAUUCUUGAGUGUACAUUUUAUCACACAACACUCCUGUAGCUUCCGUUAACUUCAUCCGGCAUCCCCCAAAAACCACCUACACCCCAUACAAUGUAUCUAUUCUCUUACUCCACUGAACUACAGGUAUACGAACUCUUGGACUCGAUUUAUAAUUUUACCUACACAUACAUUAUGAAACCCGUGUUUUCUUUUUAUUAUGAAUAAAUUAGUAUUAAGUUAUUACUAUAAUAACUUACAAAUGUAUUAUUUGAUCAUCAGAGAUUUACGAACAUUUUACAAAAUUACGAGACAAAUACAAUCAUGAUCUGUUUAAAGUAUGGUUGGGUUCUUCUUUAUAUGUCGUCAUAAGGAAGCCAGAAGAUAUUCAAGUAAGUAUUUUGUCUUAUAUUUUUGUGUUAUACUAAAUUUAAUAUCAUAAAAACAAAAUUAUAUGAGACACGUUCGGUGAAAUUGUCAUAGGUAGGUACAUAAUAUGUUUAAACGUGUAUUUUAUUUGUUGGUUAUGGACCAGUGCCACAACUGUUGGGUGUGAAAGAUGUACAUUGCACAUAGCCACAAAGCGAUGGAACUAUGUAUACGUAUAAGCUAUUUAUAUUGUACUUAUAGACCCCCAAAAUCGGUAUGUUACAAUUAAUUGUAUAGGUGUGAUUGAAAGAAAUUUUAAUAGAAAUAUUUUAAUGAAGAAAAUAAUUACCUGCAAGCUUAAUAAUAAUUUUUGUAAAAAUGCUAAAAGCAUCUAAUAUUAUCUAAUAAUAUUUACUUUUAGACACAAAUUUUUUUGAAUUGUGAUUUCGUCGAUUUCGGGCUUCGAAUAAUAGAAAAAGCACUGAUUAAAUAUUCAAUAUAACUUGUCUGUUAAAAACUUGUUUAUUUUUGUUCUGAUUUUCAAAUAUAGUUAUUAGUUGUUCUAAAAGAAAAUAUUAUUUAGUUGGUGCAGUGAUGAAGUUACUAUUUAAUUUUCUUUUGUAAUUUUUUAAUAUUUGGGGGAAAGAAAAUAUAGGGAAAACGGAAAAAAAAAAAUUAUACAGUAACGGUUCCCGUAUUUUUUAUAUUUUUUUUUGUUGUGAUUCAGUUAAAAAUAAUCGUAGAGACCAUAUUUCCCUUUUUAGGACGUAGUACAAUUUUCAAAAUAUUCUGUAAUUUUUUGAAUUAUUUAUAGACAUAUAAAAUUGUCGAUUUUUCAUUUGCUUUUGUAUAGAAAAUAUGAUAUAGAUAUUGUCCGAGAAAUUUCAAGCAAAAAUCCUUGAAAAUUUAACAUGAGGUUACCAUCAUAUAUGUUUUAUUUUUGGCUCAUUAAAAAAGUAAAUGAUAUAGGUAAAAUAUACGUAAAUGCCUAUUUAAAAAUUUGACGCAUAGUUCAUCGUAAUUCAUACUUAAUUUCAUAUUUAAAAAGUGAGAAUAACAUUAACACAAUACCAGGGGUACCUAUCUAUUGAGGAGCUACUCUCUCCCAUAAUAUAAAUAAGUAUCUAUCGGCAUUUAGAUCCCUAUUCACAAUAGGUUUUUAAAAAUGAAUAUAAGCGUCAUGCCUCAAAUUAUAAUAGUCACACACCAGUCUCAUAGUUUUUAAUCGUAUCAUUGGUUAUUGUAAUUAUUUUAGGUAAAAGAUUUGAUGUUUGUAUACACAUAACAUUACCUACGUCAGUAAUCAACACUAGAUAGAUUUGUGCUCAGUUAGCGUUAAUCGGUGGUUAAAUUUUAUGCAAGCCGACCAAAUUCUAUCUAAUUAACUCACAAGCCACGGUUAGCGCUAAUCCUCCACAUUUUAAGAAUCAGACUCAAAGUAAAAUAGGAACAUAGAAUUAUAUAUGAGAGUUAGGUUAGGUAUAUUGUAUAGGGUUAGAAUUUGUAAAAUAUUUUUGAGAUGUUCUAAUAAGAGAAUUGAUAUUCUAUAAAUUAUACCUAAUUUGAGUUAACUAAUAUUAUUUGAUUUCGUACCUAAAAGAAAAAACCAUAAUUUAAAAUACUGAAUUUAGUUUAAAACUGUAUUUGUUUCAGAUUAUCUUAAAUAGUUCGAAUGCUUUAAAAAAGGGCUUUAUAUAUAAGUUUCUUGGUAAAGUUUUGGGCAAAGGCUUAAUCAUUGCUCCAGGUACGUAGGAAUCUAUAUUUACAUUUUCGACAGUAUCUAUACAUUCGUAUAGAUCCCAUAUUAUUUUGUGUUUAAUGUUUUUAACUUACGAGUUACUGAUUUUAAGUGUAACUAUAUGACGUAUGAUAUAUUAUAUACUUUAUAGAAUUUACAAUAUACAUUAUAUUUACAAUUUUAUUAACGUUCAUAACUUAUUCCAUCAAUUCAUAUGUUAAAAACAUAGCAAAUAACAGCAUAAUAUAAUCAAUUGUACUCGUAUAUAAUAAUUUAUAAGUAGAUAAUAGUUUACCAGUGGCAGUGACGUAUUUGACUUAGUUUUAUGGGAGGUGGGUGGGGCGACACUAAAAUUAUAAUACACAAGCUUAUAUUCUACCCUAUCUAUCGUUUUUACCCUAUUUAUAGUGUAAUAACUACACAAAUUAAUUGAUAGGGAGGCGACCGCCCCCAUCGCCUCACCCUAAAAUAUGUCAAUGACCAGAGGUGUUUUUGUUUUCGGCCUCUUUUUCUAUCUUCUAAGAGAUCUUUUAUAGCUCAAUGUAUGAACUAUAUUUUAAUCUAAACUUAUAUAACCAACAUUUAAGAGAAGUUCUAGUUUUUCAACUUUUUAAUAUACUAUUGUCAUAGAAAAUAGUUAUAUAAUUGACAUAAUUUUAUGAGAACUAAACAUUAUGUAGAUAUAAUGUAUAUUGUACAACCAAUAUUACAUUUUAUAAAUGUAAUUAUCAUUUUGGUAAACAUGUUUUUAAUUAUUACAGUAAGCAGAUGGAAAAUACACCGCCGUUUAAUAAGCCCUUUGUUUAAGUCCGUAAAUUUAAAGGAACAUUAUUUCCCUGUAUUUAUGGAGAAAUCUAAAAUUCUCAUUCAGAAUCUACAUAAGGAAGUAGGUAAAACACAGCCGUUUGAUAUUUCGGAGUAUGUAUCAAAUAUUACUCUUAGUACUGUUUGUCGUAAGUAUUUGAAAUUUGAAUACUUAAAUAUUACCAACUGCAGUGUAAUUUUAUUUAUAACUUUUGAAAUAGUGAUUGAGCAAUUUUCUCGGAGAAUUAAAAUGAAUUUGAUUUUUGGUUUUUUGUUUUAUUUUUUUUAAAGCAUUAUGACAAUUUAAAAAUUUAUUUGAACACUAGUUCCAAAUUAUUACAUCUAUUUCUAAUACAUUAAAAGUUUAUUACCGUUUGAUUUUCAAAUGGCAACCCUCGUUUCAAUACAUAUUUAAAAAAAGACGGACAUACUUCGCACGAUGACCACAGCUGUUGGUGAGAAGUUGGGAUGUUAGGAUAUAGAAGAGAAAUUAAUUUGUAUCUUUCAGCAACAAUAAACCAUUGCUAUACUAAAAAGGAUUCUGAGUGGAGUUCAGUUGAUAGUGAUGCUUUGUCAACAAUAUAUAAAUAUAUGUCAUAUUAUGGUCAAAUUAAAUAGGAAUCAUAUAUUUUCUUUAAUAUUGUAUCGGUGUUCCCGGUUUUUCUACGUUUUUCCCGGUUUUUUUCCUGGCUUUUCACAAAAUUCCAUUACAGAAAAGGGUCUACGUCAUAUACAUUGGAGUAAAUUUUCUGGUAGAAGAAGUGUUCACAUAAAAAAAAAACAAUAAUAAUAAUAAAUAAACAUCUUUGUAAAAUCAAACAUUCUUCGCUACACUCAGAAUCUUAAAUGUAUAUGCAUAACAUUAAAUCGAAUUUACCGUUUUAUAUAAGUUAUUAAAGAUUAAAAUUUAGACUAGAGGAAUAGCCGAAUAAGGAAGAGUGAUAAUAAUCAUUUUUAGAUGAUAGCCUUUUCUUACUCUUCGAUCUAGAUUUUAAACUGUUAUAACUUGUAAGAUAUAAAUGGUAAACUCGACAUUAAUUUUAUGCAUAUCAAACGUUUAGAAAAAUAUCCUCUAAUAGAAUAAGAGUAAAACUUUGAAAACUUCGGAGUAAAUAAGAUCAUUAAACAAUUAUAUAACGAUUAAUGACUGGAAAAAACCAAAAUUACGAAUUUACGAAUUUACUUAAAUAAAUUCUUUGUACCAAGUGAUCCAUUUAAGUAGGUAUCCCGGAAAGUAUUACAUUUUUCGGGAAUUUAUUUUCUAGAACAUUAAAGAAAUAAGCUGUUCUAUAAUUUUAUAUUUAUGUUAUUUUUUGUCACCCUUAUUUUCGGGGGUAAAACCACUACAUAAUUUUGAUUUGGCAACCUAUAAUUAAAAAGUUCAUAAAUUGACGGAGUAUUAGAUAAAAUAAAUUUUAGUGUUGAAAUUGUUGAUUCCCGUUAAUCCGUUGACGAGAUAUUUCACUUUCAAUAAUUUUUUUGGAGAAGAGUAGCGGAGUGUCAUUUAUGUGGCGGUACGGCGUGCGACGUGUUAUUAAUGCACCACUACAACUCUCCUCCAACUUAUAAUUAAAAGUGGAAUAUCUCGUCAAUGGCUAGACAAAAAUAAAAAAUGUCAACACUCAAAUUUAUUUUGACUAAUACCCCCAAAAAUAAGGGUGACAAAAAAAAAGCAUUAAUAUAAAAUUGUAGAGCUGGUUGUUUCUUAAAUAUUCUAUAAAACAUAUUCCGAAAAAAGUGAAUACUUUCCGAGAUAAUGUGUGUACCCAUUUAAAUCGAUCACCCGGUACGUAAUUGCUUGAUUGUGAUCAUAAGCGUGUGCGGUGGCUCUCGAAAAGGUAGGCAACAAUAUUUAAAAUCAAACCUUACACACAAAUAAUCUAAAUAGUUUUGGAGAGGGCGUAAGUCCCCAUUGCAUUGAUUUUGUUUACUUAGUAUUUAGUAGAUGAGAAAUUUUUUAGAAGGACUUAACUGAGUUUUCGGGGGUAGGAUAUUCUUUAAAUUCCCCUCCUCUACUUGCGAAAAAUCAAGAAAACAAUAGGGUUUAAUAUUUAAAAACAAAUAUAUAACCAACCUUUUUUUUAGAUUUUAAACGAAGGUUGGAUUGUAUUGGUUUUAUAAUGAUGUUUAUUUUAUUUUUAUUUUUUAAUCUGUGAAUAACUUUUCUACUAGAAAUUUUGCUUCGAUUUUCAAGUGUAGCAUUUUUUCUGAAAGGAAAUCUGACUGUAGCAAUACUUUAAGCAGGCGAUUUUUUGAUUCUCCUGGGAGUUAUUAUAAUAAAUGGGAGAAACAGGGAAAAAACUAAGGAAAAACGGUAAAAUUUCCGAAAUAUAUUACUUUCAAAUCGUAAAUAUUACGGCCUUUCAAAACAUGUAUAAUCGAGCUCCACUUAGACUCGUUUUUCGUUAGCAAUGAUAAAUCUUUACGUACAAAAAUAUAUUAAUUUCCCCCUCUAUCUUCCCAAUUUCUCAUCUACAACAUUAGCCUAUCCAUCUUGCGAAGGAUGUCCGUUUGUUUUUUCAAAAUACUUUUGCGGAAAAUCUCGCAGUUGCCUCUUCUGCCUCUCCCGUAUGCACGCUUAUGAUUAUUACGAAAAUAAUCAACAUUUAUAUGUAUGCACAUAUAAUUGUAUUAUUAUUUUGAUUUUAUUUAUAGAAACUACAAUGGACUACAAUCUUGAUAUUCAGUCAGACAUAGGUUCUGAAUUUAUGAUAAAUGGGACAAAGUAAACCAUUAAAUGUUUUAAGAAAUAUGUUAAUAUGUAAAUAAAAUUAUAUAAUUUCAGAGCAUUAGAAUUGAUGUCUAACAGGGCACUCACCGUUUGGCUAUACCCUGAUAUUAUUUAUUUCAUGUACUGCAAAAUUUUUGGACUAGAAAAUGCUUAUAAAUUAACAAAAAAACUACCAAGACUUGUAUGUUUAGAAGAAAUUAAAUUAUGAACUUUAUGCUAAAAUAUUAUAAAUGUAUUAUUUAAUAUUUGAAUCUUUUUAGAUGACUGAAAAAAAAAAAAAUGAAUAUGCACACAACGCAAUAGACAAAAAUACAAUUGAAACAUCUGAAAAUGAUGAUAAAAGUAAGUGAUUAUAGUUAGCUAUCUACUGAAUAUUAAUUAAAGAUUAGUGUAGAGAGAGUGGUUUUAUCUAAAAUAAAAAUGUAUGUUAAAAUUCUAACUAUUUAAUGUACACCUUUACAUUAACAACUCUAUUAGAUUCACUUUUUUUUAAAUAGACAAAAAAUUAGAAAAAAUUUAGAUUAAUCUCUUAGUAGAUGAUUUACGUGAAAAUUGGUUGAGAAAUGGGAAAAUAAAAAGUCUAAAAUUUAGACUGUUCUUUAUUUUUGAGGGCAUUUAUACAAACAAAAAUUGUAUGAAUUAUUUUCGAUAUUUUAGAAUUUUUUCUCUAGAUCUAAAAGCCAGACAUGAACCCAUUUUAAAUUUUAGAUAACAAUAAUAAUGACAGUUUUACUGUAAGAAUAAAAAUAGUCGUUUCCUACAAAAUGCUAAAAUCUAUGAAAAAAUAAAAGCGAAUUGCGUCUGCUUCCGUUUCGUACAAUUCGAACACUUUACCAAGGUCAUAUUAUAUAUUUUCUCGAAUGAAAAAUGAAUCAUUUAAUUUCUUGCUAAUAAUUAGAGUUACUUAUUUUUAAAUUUUUAAACUGUCUUACGGUGAUUUUGAUUAGAAAGGUAGUAAUUAAUAUUGAUGGUAGUCAUAGGCGCAAUUAGGGUAGGGGGGUUGAAGGAUCUUUAGUACCCUCAAGUUUAAAAUUAGCAUCCCAAUAAAUACCCAAUAGGCUGCUAACUAGUAUAAACUAAAUAUUUUAUCUAUGUGUAUUUUAUAAUUAAUAAGCAGAACAAAAUACAAAAUAUCUACUGAACAUGUACAAGUAUAUAAAGAAAAGUUAAAAAAGUUUGAUACAUUUUUAUAUAAACAAUUUUAAAAUAAAAUAUGAAUAAUGUAUUAUAGACAAGGGUAUUACCUCUGUGGGUCUGUGCUGUGUCUAUAAUUUUACCGAAAUAAACCAAAAUUAGUGGUUUGAUUGCGCUUAUGUUUGUAGUGUUGAUAUAUUCAAAUAAAUAUUGAACUAUAUUAUGAAACCACCAUCAACUCGUUUACAAUUUAUAUAGGUGUAACUUUUAAGUUUUAGAUCACAUUUACCUCAUGCUCCAUGUCAAUAUUAGGCAGAAUAUCAUAGAUACCUACGUGCCUACUAUAAUUUCAUAUGUAUUAAGUACCUAUUGGUUAUAAAUGCUAUGUUCUUUUGCCUGUGUUGUUUAGAAAAACGUUCAAAAGCCUUGGUGGAUUUAUUAUUGGAAACAAAUAAAGUUGGUGGGAACUUAUCGAAUGAGGAUAUUAUAGAUGAAGUUCUUACUAUAAUUGGUGCUGUAAGUAGAUAUUUUUCAAAUAACUAUACAAAAAUGGUUUCAUCUAUUUAAUAAUAAUUAUCAUAUAAUUAUAAUUAUAUUGUUUAGGGUUACGAGACUACUACAUCGACAGUCGGCUUUUGCAUUUUAUUAUUAGCUAUCGACUCAGAUAUUCAAGUAAGCCACCACGUUAUUGUAGGUGCCUACAGUAGAUAAUGAAUUAUGAAAAGAGUUUAUGCAUUUUCAUAAAAUAUGAAUAGUUAAAUCAAGUAUGUACCUACUUGAUUUAAGUAUAACACAGAUAUUAAGGAUAUUUUUUAUUUUUCAAUCCCAAUUAUUUUAGUUUUCCACCUUUUUCCCUCAACUUAUAUCUCCACUCGAUUUGGUUAUCUGCAUCCUUUAUAGCACGUACCAACUAAUUUCAAAUUACUUAGUUCCAUGAGUUUACUAAACUUUUAUUUCUUUGCAUCGAUUUUUUUUUUUUUAUAUACAUUUUCUUUGCCAGUUUACUAUUUCUGUUACUUGCAUCCUUACAACUUAUUCUAUCACUCGCUCAGUCAAUCCAUUUUCUCUUAUUUUGUAUCAUUUCUAGACGAAUUCAUAUACAAUACUAUUAUUCAUUAUUUUAAAUUUAAAGGUUAAUUUAUAGGAUACUUAUCCAUUGUUGUGAUAAAUCGUACGAUAGACGGUAAUGAUAUUCGAUUGAUAAAUAUAUUUCUGAUAUUUUACUGUCUUUACGAACUCACUUGUCUCGAUUAACUAUACGUUUACUAGACGUUAAAUUUAAUAUCUUGUUGAUUGGACUUCCGGUCAAACACUGCAACAAUAUGAUAAAAAAAUCAUAAUAAUAUUAUUAUUUUUGUUACUUAUACAAUAUUAUUUUAUCAACAAAAAAUUGUACACUUUUUUUCAGCAAGAUUUCUGGUAGAAUUUUUGUACACAGUAUAAAAAAAUAAAAAAUAAAAAUAAAAAAACGUCCUAGAAUAACGGGGACAGGUGCAGCCAUCUGUUGUAGGUAAUUUAAUGCAUACUUGUAAGCAACUAUGAAUCAUUACUUACGAAAAAACGAUUCUGAGCGGAGGUCAAUUGAUAGUGAUGCUCUAUCAACAAUAUAUAUAUAUAUAUAUAUAUAUGGCCUAUUAUAAUAAAAUAAUUAAAUAAGCUUUAUACAUUUUCUUUAAUAAUAUUUGUUUAAUGUUGUACCGAUUUUCCUACGUUUUUUCCCGGUUUUUCACAUAUACUGAGAAAACUCUUGAGAUUUGAAAUUGAAAUUUACUAUUUAUGUGUAUUAAAUGAUUAACUAUACAUUUAUUAUUUAGGGUAGCUACUACAUACUACCAUGGGUGCCCCCGGGGGGGAGGGAGCAAGACAGUGCAUCUGCUCUCCCCGUGGACUUCAAAAUAUCAAAUAUAAUUUUAAUAAUUUAUUAAUGUAAUUUUAUUUUAAGUAUUUUUUGGUUUUUGAUUUUAUUAUGCCCCUCCUUGAUAAAUAUCUUGCGAGCGCCCAUGGAGACAAUUGCUUCUACUUCAUAUAUUUGAAGGAGGCUUAACUCCUGCUCAAUUUCCGCCUAUGCGACGUACAUCGAGUUUUCGUACAAUCUGACGUACCAAAAAUGCGUAAUCGUACAUUUAUAUAACUACAAUAGCUGUAUUACCUGAUUUCGGUCGUGCGAGGUACGAUUGUUAGUUAAUAAUGUUUGUAAAAAUAAUAAUUAAAAAUACUAAAUUAUUUUUAAUAAUUAUAUAACUAUAGCAUGUGACUUUGUUGGCGAUUUUCCUUUUUUUUUUUAUAACUCGCUUGUCAUUGUAUAAUCUAGAAACUGAAGGUAAAAUGACUUAGGUUAUUAUUAUAACAUUUUAACUUAAGCUUAACCAAUAGGAAAUUAGCCGAAAAAAUUAUACUUUUUGUAUUUCAAAGACUGCAAAUUGUUAUGUUUGGACAAUCCAAAUCGGAGAAAUGUUGAGAUAAAUAUAGCCUUAAUUACUCAGGAAUAGUGUAGCUUUAAGGAAUAACUUACCUAACUAUUGUUCAAAGAUUAUGCAGUAAAACAAAAUUUAAAUUAAUUUUUGUAAUCAUAAUAACUAUCAUAAUUCAAAUGAACUUUUAAAUGCAUUUUUAUUUAUUUUAGGAAAGAGUUUAUGAUGAAAUUCAUAGCGUAUUGGGCGAUGGAAAUGAAACAAUUACUAUCGAACACACAACUAAACUAGUUUAUAUGAAACAAGUUAUAAACGAAACUCUUCGGUUAUUCCCUAUUGCACCAUUGAUGCUAAGAGAACUGCAAGCCGAUGUGACAAUUAGUACGUACACUUGAAAGUGUUAUACCUACCUAACUAGAAAUUAAUAUUGAAAAUUACCUACUUAUUAGUUUCUGGUAAUCACACAUUGCCAAAAGGAACAGCAUGUGUUAUAUCUCCAAUGGUAACGCAUUUUAUUCCCGAGUUGUACUCAAAUCCAGAAUUGUUCAAUCCGGAUAACUUCAACGCCGAUAAUGUCGCUAAACGACAUAAAUAUAGUUUCAUACCAUUUAGUGGCGGCCCAAGAAGUUGUAUAGGUAAGUUAUUAUUUUAAAAAUUAAAAAUAUAAGUAUUGCAUAAAACGUAUUUGUCUAUUCAAUUACAGGAAUGAAAUAUGCUUUGUUAAAUAUAACAGUAUUACUCACUCAGAUUUUACGGAACUUCAGUGUGCAUACGGAUUUGAAAUUUAGCGAUAUUAAAUUAAAAUUCAAUCUGACAAUAAAAAGUGUAAACGGUUAUCCUGUAACUAUUCGCCCGAGAAAUAGUGCACUUGUAACAUCAUAA